UUCGGUUUCAAUACCACUAAGCAAAACGGUUUGGUCCUAAAGAUGAAUAUAAAUAGCACCACCAGCAGCACCAAGUGUUCACGGCAUAUCAAAACAAACCCCAAAGUGAGACAUUCUUAGCAAAAGUGACAAUGGCGAUAAAACCACUUUCCAUCUUCGUUGUCUUCUUCAUCUUCUUCUUAGUUAUCUCUGACAUGCCAGAGAUAGAAGCGCAAGAUAGCAAGUGCUUGAGAGAAUACGGUGGUGAUGUUGGCUUCGGCUUCUGUGCGCCUCGGAUAUUUCCGACGUUUUGUUACACAAGAUGCCGUGAGAACAAGGGGGCUAAAGGUGGAAGAUGCCGUUGGGGACAAGGAACUAACGUUACGUGCUUAUGCGACUACUGCAACGAUCAACCCUAAUCACAACGUCUAAGCAUCGUUAAUACACUAUGGCUUGCAAACGCAAAUGCUAUGUUUGGAUCGUUUGGUUUGUAGUAAAAUCUAAUAAUGAAUGUGAAUGGUCCCAAAAUAAAUAUAUGAUGAUGUAAUGUGAAAGAAAGAAUAAUGUAAAAGUACGACUUUCUAUGUGUAAUAAAAUAAGUUCGGUAAUACUUUGACUCCUUUGGUAA